AUGACAGGCUUAAGUGCAGAUGAAUUCCAACUAAAGCUUUGUGAAAAUUUGAAACAUCAGGGUUUUGUAAAUGACUUGAAAAGUCAAAUGAGAAAUCGACUGAUAAAUGAAUUGAUUCAGCAUUCUAGUUUCAAAUUAUUUGAAAAUAAAAGUAAAUAUUCAUCGCCAAACAGUCAAGUAGUUACAGAAAAGUUUGUGAACAGUGCUAUUAUUAGCUAUCUAAAAAGAUAUGGUUAUGAAUAUACUCUGAGUAUAUUCUUGCCUGAAUGCGGUCUUAACAGUGAAAAUAUAAUAUCAGAAAAGGAUUUGUUGGACCAUUUGAUGGUAAAAACAAGUUCUGGAAAUUCAUUUAUAAUUCAUUCAUCUGGAAGUGUUCUCGAAAGACUGUUCGGAAAAUCAGAGUUGUCAAUUUUAUCAUCUGUUCAAAAAAGAAAUGAUGAUGCAGAUUCAAAAAACAUAUUUUCAAGAGUAAGAAAGGACAAUGUGGAUACUCUUAAUUUUAACACUACUUUAAAUGAAACGGAUGAAAAUGUUGAUUGUUUGCUGAACUCUGAAAAGUCUCGUCAAUACAGUUACAAAGAGAGGCAGCAAGCUGAAGUUGAUUUACAAGUUAUGAGGUUCAAGAAUACGGAAGUAGAAAACAUUAAAUUGGAGGAAAAGAUUAAAUGUGGCGUUGAAUUAGAGAAAUUCAAAAGAGAGAUUGAACUAAUAUAUCAAAAAAAGUUGGAAACAUUGAAAAAGAAGGAAUGUGACGUUGAUGAAAAAGUAAAACAUCUUCAUGCGAAUUUUGAAAAAGAGACAAUGAUGAAACGCCAAAACAUAUUAUUAGAAUUGGAAAAGUUGAAACACAAAGAAAAUGCUUUGGCUCAAAAAGAGGAAUGGUUAAAGACGGAAAAUGACAUGUUGAUGAAAAAAAAGAUUAAAUUUGAAAGCUAUGUUCAACAAGAAAAUGAGAAUAUUUAUGAUUGUAGAAAAAAAAUAGAAGAAAAGGUUACAGAAAUGGUUGAUCUUAGAUGGCAAGUUUUUGAAAAAGAUGUUGAAAUAAAGAAAAAAGAAAUAAAUGAUAUAAAAAUUGAUCUUAAUGCUAGAGAGAAGAAAAUGGACAAUGUAUUGAAAAGUUACGAGGAAGCGAAGAGGCAGUUGACUAUCAAGAAUAAUGAAAUUUCAUCACUGAAAAUUGACUUAAAAGCUGCAGAAAGUAAUCUUCAAAAUGCAGAGAAACAAAUAAGUGAAUAUCAAAAUUAUAACAAAGAAAAUCAGCAGCUUCAGUUAAAAAAUGUCAAAUUGAAAUC